ACCAAAGUGGACUGCAGCGGGAUUGGAUCCCACCUCGUGCCUGUUCCCAUUCCCUUGGACACCACCUACUUGGACUUAUCUUCCAACCACCUGGAAGCCGUCAACCAGUCCAUCUUAACUGGUCCUGGUUACACCACCCUUGUAGGCCUUGACUUGAGCUACAAUAAAAUCUCCAGCGUGCUCCCUGCCACCUUCUCAAAACUCAGGUAUCUGGAGUCUUUGGAUCUGAGCCAUAACUCUUUGGUGACUGUCCCCGAGGACUGUUUCUCUCAGUCCCCUCUGGGAGAAGUGGACCUCAGCAACAACCUUCUCUUGGAGGUCGCUUUGAACAUCUUUGCCUUCAAAGGUCAAGGGAAACCCAUCAACGUUGACCUUUCCAACAACUUAAUAAGCCGGGUGUUCAGAUACCCGGAUAAACCCAUUCCUAACAUUCAAAGUUUCAAUCUCUCGGGGAAUCGAUUAACCAGCAUUCCGGAUCUUCAAGGGAUCCCCCUUCGUUACUUAAACCUUGACGGAAACCCGGUAUCCACCAUUGAGAAGGAUGCUUUCCUGGGUCUGAAAGGGUUAACUCAUUUGUCCCUGAGUGGGAUUCACCAUCUCUUGGACAUUUCGCCUUUUGGCUUCAACGAUCUCUCUGCUCUCCAAGUGCUGGACUUGUCCAACAACCCCAAUAUGAAAUCCUUGAACCCCAAGGUUUUCUACAGCCUGAGUUCUCUUCAAGAGCUCAACCUGUCCGGGACGGGAGUGGCCGUGACCUUCUCCAAACCUAUGUUGAGAUACUUGCCUUCCAUCAAGAGCGUGGCCUUGGCCAAGAACAUCCGGUGUCUCAAGACCGUUCAGGAAGGACACUACCACCGAGCAGCUGGACCGAGCAAGAAAGAGGUCCUACGAUGUCACGGUGCCCAUGGAUCCAUGGCGCCAUAUGUGUUGUGACUGAGGACCGAGCCUCCGCAUGACGAGACUUAAAACAAAA